UUCUUGCAUUUGUUAGCUUUCUGCUACGUGUUGUUGUUCUGAUCUGAUCAGAUCCAGAUCUGUUGUCCGUAUCGAGAGAGGUGUUAAAUGUUCACCUUUCACUGUUUGUUUGUAAAAUUCACUAUUCUGUCUAUUUUACUUGGUGACUCUUAGAGUCCCUAACUGAUCAUCAUGGGAAAAGUUGCUGUUGCUGAUGAACAGCUCUGGACUUACUGUAAACAGUAUAAUCCGUCGAAAGGUUAUGUUAUUGGGUUGAUUAUUGGCCAGCCAUCUCAGGCAGCUGAUUACAUUGUACACCUGGCUCGAAUACCUCCUCCUGACAUUCACAACAAUACCAAAUGUGAAGACAGUGAUGAGAAGCUGAAAGAUGUUUCUGGAUUGCCACUGUCAGAAAUUAAAGAGUCCUGGGUAGCAGCUCAAGCUCUUGAUGUUACAAGAAUGCUCCCUGGCGGUAUUUGGGUCCUUGGUCUUUUUCUUAUUGGUUCUGCUGAUUGUUUUGAGAAUCAGCAAAGCUCCUCUCGUCUUCGCACAAUUCUCCGGCAUGUCCAUUCGGAAUUAAAAAAGAAUCCUUCCCUCUAUGGAGACAGUCCGUCUGAAAAACUUCUACUUCACAUGAACUUUCAAAAAAAUGUGAUAGCUUGCCGGAGUGUUGAUGUGAAUGGUUCGGCAGCUUUCAGACAAAUGGAGUGGAAAUUCCAGAAAAGUCCUGUUGUUUGGACACAAAUUGAAACUAUUCUAGAUUUAAAUUAUGUGAAGUAUUUGAGUAAGACAGAUACUUCCAAACAGCUCAAAAAUCAACUUCAAGUAAUUUUGGAUCCAGUCAGUGACCAGAUCAACAAUUCCAUUUGCACUCUCUCAAAUGAAUUGCUCGAACCUGAGGAGCAGGUUGAUAGUAUCUUCAAGAAACGCAAAGGAAAAACUCAUAAGAAAAGUAAAGGUCUCACAGAAGAUGAACCCAAGUCUAUUACUGCAAAUCUAUACAUGCCUAUGACAGGAGCAGAUUUGAAACCAUCAUCUGAUAUGGAAGUGAAUAAUGCCUAUGGUAGCAUGUAUUUUACUGGUGGUCCAGUGAGUCGUGUAUUUGUUCAUCAAAAGGCAACUGUAGAGGAGGCAUGCAAAGCUGUGAAGCAAGACUUUAUCAGGUCACUCACAUCUCGAUUACAAAUGCAUGCUGACUCUCUUGUGGAAGAUGAACCAAGUCCACUAGAAGAUCUGGAAACUGUUCAUGAGCCUCCUAGAAGGGUCAUGAUCAAACUUCCAUUCACCUCAGUAACAUUUUCUGAUUAUCUUUUCCCUGGUGAGGGUCCAGAGGAAGCACUUGUUUCAUCUAAAGAUUUGUUAGAUUUAACAUUAGAAUUGGAAGAUGUGGAAACAGAUUUGGAAGUACAUUCAGAGAGUGCGACAGAACAGUGGAGUAAUCAACAGACUGACGGGUUUAGUUCUGAUCUUACAACAACUGAAGAGAAAGGCAAUUACGGUAUUUUUUUAGCACUGGGUGCCUUCUUAGUAUGCCUCAUUGCCUAUCUUAUCCAAAUGAACCGGUGACUUUUAACAAGAUUUUAUCAUUUUAUAGGCAUCAGGGUAUUUGGCAAUGUGUACAAACAUUCCAAAUGAAUUAACUGUAAUCAAUAUAUUUUGUUUUUCACACCAAA